GACAAGCAUUUUAGUCAUCCCCUUGACCGUGUUAAUCCUCUCCUCCUUCUCUCUGUCUUCACUGUGCUGGUUCUCAAUCUGCUCAGGCAGGUUACUCGCAGAUCGUGCAAUUUUGCUUUAUGUAUGCUCAAGCUUAUCAUUGAAUCUGCAUUACGACAAGGCAGUGGGGGGACGAUGCAGGAAGAGGGACUCCUCAAGAGCUUUCCUACAGACAUUCGCAGCAUGUGCGAAUUGUUUGGCCUGGAUCCCAUGGUCACAAUUUUUGCAGCAUGUCCUACUUGUUCAUUGAUGUAUGAGCCCACAUACAACACCAAUAUCCCUGUGUACCCUGCAUGUUGCCAGUUUUGA